CAGCCACGCCACGCAGUUCUCCCGAAGGGCUUCGCGGACGUCUGGGCUCACCUCGCCUCGCCGCGGUGUUCGGCUCGUGUCGAAAGCGGACCGUCGGCGCUCCGGGUGGUCGCGAGCAGGACGCGGGGCUCCUCCGCGCACUUUGACCGUUUGCAGGUGCGUCUGUCUGCUCCAGGAGGCUGCGCAGUGAAGGAAGGCGAAGCAGAGGAGUGCACACGGGGAGGCUCCCAAUAACAAGCCAAAUCCUGCACUGCAGUGGAUUUUGUCCAGUGUGUGUGUGUGUGUGUGUGUUUUUGUGUGUUGUGGGGUGUCUGGUUUGGACAGCGGACCCAGUGAACGCUCCGCACCCUUUCUCAUUAACAUUGGACGAUCCUGGCAGAAGAUUUGGGGGUUCCUCUGGAGGUCGCCCCGUCCUAGAAAACUGUGCCAGCCGCCAGUUUCCACACCCUCCGGCCCCCCCACCCCCACCACCCAUUCCACUUUUUUCUUGUUCCAGCGCAGAGCUAGAGGUCGUCUUCGUGCCCAUUCGGAGGCCUCUGACUGAAGAGCUUUGAUGGUCGGGUGGAUUCAGACUGUGGAUUUUUAAAGAACUGCACGGACAUAUAAUCAAAUUCAAGUAUUAAAGCAAAAGUUCACCGUUCAUUUGCUUAAAGUACUUCAAUUUUUGGAUUAAAAAGGUUGGACCUGUUCUUCAUGGGGUUGUAGGACUGACACAGGUAUCGAAUUCCACCUCAGGGAUCAGAUUUCUAUCAUUUCCGCUGUGUCAUCCAAGUCAGCGCGACACCACAAAUCUCAGGCGCCGUCACAGGUUUCCCAGAACCGCCCUAUGAAUCCCUGUGGCCAUGGCAUCUGACAGUUUCCAGUACCGGGCGCUAUUUGAGUACAAGCGAGAGCGCGGCGAUGACAUCAGCCUCCAGACGGGCGACCUGCUCACCGUCCUCAAGGCCUCGCUGAUGGCUCAGCCGGGGCCGGACUACCAGGACGGGGACGAGCGGAGCCCCAAAGGCUGGCUGCACGGCACCAACGAGAGGACCAAGGAGAAGGGAGACUUCCCGGGGACGUUUGUGGAGUACGUCGGGGCGGUGCGAGUCGGCCCUCCUGCAACUAAAUCCUGGUCCAGGCCGGCGCCACGGACGCCCGGGGGACUGCAGGCCGAUUCUGCUUCAGGAAUGGAGGCAGCGCUUUCUGAAGCGGCUCCUGUGGCUGUAUUGAGACUCAUUGAAGCUGCUGAGAAACACGGUUUGAGCGGCGAGUGUCUGUAUGGAGCUCCUCCCUCUUCCGGUGGACCCCUGGAGCUGCGUGAGGCCCUGGACUCGGAUCCAGCCUCAGUGGACCUGGAGCCGUACGACGUGGUUUCUCUGACUGACGCCCUCAGAGGUUUCCUGCAGGACCUGAACGCCCCCAUCAUCCCCACCACGGUCUACAGCGAGCUGGUGUACACUGCUCAAGAAACUCUGAAUGUGGAGGAGUGCGGGGAGAAGCUGAAGAUAAUCCUGGAGUCCCCCAGCAUCCCUCAGGCCAACCACCAGCUCCUGGUCCACCUCAGCAGACACUUGGCCCGGGUCAGCCAGCACAGCCAGGCCGCCCCCCGGCUGCUGGCACAGGCCUUUGCUGAGGCCGUCUUCAAGGACUCCCCCCUCAGCGCGGACGUGAACCCGGAGCAUCACGUCAGGAUCUUGGAGGCCCUUGUUGCAACGGGAGGUCUGAUGGAGAUGCAGGCUGCACCAGCUCUUCCUCCGAAGCCGGCAAAGCCACAGCAGCCCUGCUCGGUCGGGACGGGAGGAGGCAGCGGCAACGGCACCAAGGACGGUGGAGCGGGAGGCUCGCUGCAGGAGGCCGAGUGGUACUGGGGGGACAUAUCCAGGGAGGAGGUGAAUGACAAGCUCAGAGACAUGCCGGACGGGACCUUUCUGGUUCGGGACGCUUCCACCAAGAUGCAGGGCGACUACACACUCACGCUGAGGAAAGGGGGAAACAACAAGCUGAUAAAGAUCUACCAUCGGGACGGGAAGUACGGCUUCUCCGACCCGCUGACGUUCAGCUCGGUGGUGGAGCUCAUCAACCACUACAGACACGAGUCUCUGGCUCAGUACAACACCAAGCUGGACGUCAAACUCGUGUACCCCAUCUCCCGCUUCCAGCAGGACCAGCUGGUGAAGGAGGACAAUAUUGACGCUGUGGGGAAAAAGCUUCAGGAAUACCACAAUCAGUACCAGGAGAAGAACAAAGAGUACGACAGACUGUACGAAGAGUACACCAAGACGUCGCAGGAGAUCCAGAUGAAGCGGACCGCCAUCGAAGCCUUUAACGAGACCAUCAAGAUCUUCGAGGAGCAGUGCCACACGCAGGAGCGCUACAGCAAGGACUACAUCGAGCGCUUCCGCCGCGAGGGCAACGACAAGGAGAUCGAGAGGAUCAUGAUGAACUACGAGAAGCUCAAGUCGCGGCUGGGCGAGAUCCACGACAGCAAGGUGCGGCUGGAGCAGGACCUGAAGACGCAAGCCAUGGACAACCGGGAGACGGACAAGAAGAUGAACAGCCUGAAGCCUGACCUCAUACAGCUCCGCAAGAUCAGGGACCAGUACCUAGUGUGGCUCAAUCACAAAGGAGUUCGCCAAAAACGAAUCAACGACUGGCUGGGAAUCAAGAACGAAAACACCGACGAAGGCUACUUUGUGAGCGAGGAGGACGAGAACUUGCCCCACUACGAUGAGAAGAGCUGGUUCGUGGGGGACCUGAACAGGACGGAGGCGGAGGAUCUGCUGACCGGGAAGCCGGACGGAGCGUUUCUCAUCCGGGAGAGCAGCAAAAAGGGCUGCUACGCCUGCUCAGUAAUUGUGGAAGGUGAGGUGAAGCACUGCGUGAUCUACAGCACGCCGCGAGGCUUCGGCUUCGCCGAGCCGUACAACCUGUACAGCAGCCUGAAGGACCUGGUGCUCCACUACCGCCAGGCCUCCCUGGUGCAGCACAAUGACUCGCUCAACGUGCGCCUCGCUUACCCCGUCUACGCACAGAUGCCCUCCGGACGCAGAUGAGCCCCACCCCCCCCCUCUGCUGGAAGGGAGGAUGAAGCGGGGGGGGGCUUGGGUGAAAUGCAAAGCAACCCCAACACCAGACCCGACAAAGAUAAAAACAAAUUAAACACUAGCUGCAACACACACGUCAGCCACCUUGGAGUUAUAUAUUUUUACAAGAACUAUUUCGGAGGGCAUUCUUUCUAAAGACUGCUUGAUUUGCACAAGGAAGUUUUAAAUGUUUGUGAAUGUGAAGGAAGGAAACGGAGUAGGACACUUCAGAUUGACCCCGCUGCUACCCAAACUCCAGCUCAGACCUUUUACGGGAAACUCCAAUAGACGACGAAGACAAAACAUUCCCAAAUGUUUCUUUUCUGUUUGCACCUCGGAUGAUAAUAUUACGAACUUAUUUUGCUUGUUUCCUUUCGUUAAGCGUAACUUUUUGGGGUAAAUGCAAGAGGAGAUGAUGUCAUGUGUCUGUCCUUUCCGUACAAAAAGCUAAAAUAAUGUAGCAUAACGCGACAACGGACACUCAUUUCAUGAAGUGUUCCUCCAUGUAGACUGCUGCUCAAGAGUUUAGGGGGCGACACAAAACAGUUUUGUAGUCUAAAAACGAAGGCUUGCUUUUAAACUACUUUUUUAUUUUGUAUUAUUUUUGCUUAGCUGAAACUUGGUUUUUCUUUUGUUUAUAUAUUUUUGCCAAUGUCUAAAUGGCAACGUCACGGAACCAGAGACCAAAGUGGGGGGGGGACAGAGUCAGCUGGUGGGUUUGGUUUUUUUGUCGAAUGGAGGGAAAUGAAUGGUGUGUUUGAGACCACACAUAAAACCGAGUUUUGGGCCACGUGCUUGUGCACCAAAUAGCCUUUUUGGAAAACCAAAUGGUACGGAAACAUACGCCAAGGCCUUCUGUAAACACAGAUGGGGGAGUAUGAAGCACUUGAACGAGUUCCAGAUGUGACCUCGGCACUCUGUACUCUGCUCUGUGAUUUGCUCACCUAGCGUUCUCCUUGUAGGCGAAACGUCAAAAUGAUUCAUCAAUAAAGUAGCCAGUCUGCCAAUGAAAAGAUAAUUGGCAAGUGAAACGAGUUGUUUUGAGACUUUCUUUAUCCAUCUUGUGUCACGUGGGCUAUGACCCUUUAGAGUAAUUGAUCUCCUGCAGCCCGAAUCACAACGUAAGCGGUCUUAUAGUUCGGUAUUCUUCUAAUACCUCAGCCGUCCUGUAAACGUGUUUGCUGCUAAGCCAAACAGCGGACCUGUACAACCCUUCCAACCACUAGAUGUCCCACUUCAUUGGAGGCCAUGACUGAGUGAAGCGAGGGGAAGAUCAAAUAUUAUUUACUCCUUUUAUGGACAAACAAAUCUGGUAUUAAUAGCAAUACAAGCGCAAUUUGUCCAUGUCGGCUACUUUUAUAGAAAUGAUUCUUGAGUGCUGAGGUCACAAAUGGUGCUACACUUAAACCAGACUAAUGUCCCAUUUCACCAAAAGCAUGAAAGAAAACUGAAACCCAUUUUAUGUGUGGUUUGAAAGAGUGACCGGAAUAUAACAACCGUGGGUUAAAAAACCAUCAAAUAAUGAGCUUGUAUCUUUGGACAAAGCGGGUUUUAGAAGAAAAUACUGAAUACUUGGAUGAACGUGCAAUCUAGCGUUGUGUGGCGCACGCCGGUCAGAUAAUCAGUGCAGCUGCUUCACCUUAAAACCAGUGGAAGCAUUUUCUGUCCAAGACUAAAAGAGCAUCACAAUAAUUAAAUAAGGACGAAAGUUGGACUCUAUUCUACCUAGAAAUUGGAAAUCAGUGUUACUGACUGGCUGCUGUAAGGAUACGAUAAUGCUGAUCGGCUGUUCCUUUUUGAGGGGUGGGGGGGGGGUUAUGCCCACCUCAUAAUCUGCAGCUAUUUAAAGGAUGGAAAGCGAAGGUCAGCAGAGCAGCGAGGAGGGCAGAUAAUAUCUUGACCUUGUUCGACAGCUGCUCUUCAUUCCCUUAAAACACACUCGCUCACAGGAGAACAUUGAAGAGGGUCUCCACCAAAAAAAGACUGGUUACAAAGUCGGAUUCAGCUUUCUCCCGCUCUGUCGUUGUUUUUUGCGGUACAAAACACACACAGUUAUGACAGGCGUGAAUCAGGUGGACGGAAGAGGGCCGUUGUUUGAGUUGCUGCAGGAGAGUCUGUGUGAAUGAAUGAUACUCACCACGGUACGUGUCCUCCUCCAUUCCCCACGCUGUCGUAACCCCCGCCGAUGUCACGCCGUCCCUCUGCUCACAUUAGGUAGAUGACCAGCGGGAGGUCAGGUCUCUGGACCUGGAAGCCAUUGAUAAUAAGCCAUCUCUGAUUUGUUUUGCGUGUCCUCAUGCCGGCACUUUAUCUAAGUUGACCGAACCUCAAAAGACAAUUGAAAAUCACGCGGUUCCAUAACUGCUUCCAGUUAUCCUCACAUUGUCGGCACAUUGAUAAAGAUUAGGUUUAAAAUAACAUCCUCAACCAUGUAUAUCUGUUCCAAUUUGUGCUGGUGUAACAUGCGCAAGGCUACACGCAGCACCUACUGGGACCUCGUGGUCAGAGGUUGGACGAGGUCUUGAGAAGUAAACGUAAACAAGGCCACAUGGCAAUUAGCAUAACCGCGUAAAAGCAAAUCGUCAUUGGACGCAUUCAACGAUGCAGGCUUGUUUUGCGCCUCCCGCGUCUCUUAUUUCAGGGCACAAAGUCACGUUCACACAGGAAAUGUGACUUUUUUUUACCAAAUUUUGAACUUGCAAGAAUUAGAACAUAAGUGUCGACUUUGCGGGUGUCUGAAGGGAAGGCGGGGCUUACCCACUUAAUCUUGAAUGUACAAAUAGGAUCAGUCCGUGUCCACGGCGUCCCCCCCCCCCCCAACCCUCAACUUUAAGCACCACCAGUCGUGUUUGGCCGUGACGAUCAUAACUCUCAAGGUGCUAUCGGGAACGACGGCCUGUUCCAUCCGGCGGACGUUCAACGUCUCCACGACCCUUUCUGCUCAUUAACCCUCAGGUGUUUCAGGUUUACCGUAGAAACGAUCACACAACAAAACCAGCGAUUUACAAAAACCUACAUCAAUAAAUCAGGGUUACUUCUGCAAUGAGACGUCAAUCACUCUCAGCCGAUUAAGCUAGAGCCCCACAUCUCUGACUUCUGAAGUGUCCUCCCUUCAAGAGGCGUGUCCUUCAUUGCUUCCUGUAGCCUAGUCAAGCCCCCCCCCCCACCACCACACAGUCUGAAGGUUUUAUGUUUUCCUUCCGAACAGGGACCUCCAAAACAUCCCUAACUUUAUUACUUGAACUGUAUUGCAUUGCUGACUAUUGAAUGUCUUUAUAUGAAAUACAUUUAUUGAAGGAAAAAUAAACCUGAAAAGAAGUUUGUUUCACAGUGAGCAGGGCCGGGGUUUUUAGAGUUUUAUGACAGAUGUACAGUAUUGGUUACAGGCAGACGCAGAGCUACUUUAGGAGGGCAGGAGGCGCUUUUUUGAAACUUCUCAGCGAUACGUUCGGAUCUUUUCCUCCACAGAGGGCUCGUCUGAAAUUGCACACAUUGUAAUCUACAAUAGACUUGUUUUAAUAUUAACCUGUGGCGUCUGCGUGAGCAUCACGAGUCACAUUCACACGGCGGUGUCGUGUCCGCCGUGCACACAGAGCUUAAAGACGUUACACUUUGAGUCGUAGUCGCUGUUCUUUGACUGUUUUCAUUUUUCCCCCCAAAACAUUAAGACCAAAGAUUUCAGUUCUCGUUAAUCCUUCAGUUGUCGAUCAUUGGAAAUGGAUGUAUCAGUGAUGAUUUUCUUUUUGUCUCCAUUGCCUUGAUAUUUACACAACUCAGACGAUAAAACCACGUUCUGUGAGUGCGUGUCCCGUACAGCUAGCCAGGAUUGUUGGUUCAUCUGUGCAGAGUUUAAACAGGAUCCGUGUUCAAUGAUGUCCCGAUGUAGAAUCAAUCAGAUGUAACUUGAUCUGCACUCCUCUGUUUGUGUACAAACUGACUUCUUUUCACAGAACUACAAAAAGUCUCGACUGGCCAUAGCUGGAGUUUGGAUACUUACUGCAAUUUUAAACUUUUCUGUAUCUGUUGAACAGGUCCUGCAAAAAUCUCAAGAGCAAAAAUGUGUUUGGAGAAUCUUCACAUAAAGUUCCCUUUAAAUGGAUGGCAGUGCAUUUUUUUAUUGUGUGUUAAAAAAAUAUUAUUAUAUAUACACUUAUAUUUGGGGAACCUCGGGGGCUUUGUUCAUUUGACAGCAAUUUGAUAAGACCAACUUUUUUCUUUUCCGUGUUUAUACUUCCAAAGAGGUAUCAAAUGUAAAUGGAUGUGUAUUUUGAAGAAGAAACUUCUCCCUCCAACAGCAGUAACCUGCUGCACAGAGGGCCAAAAAUAUUUGUAUCAACUGUCUUUAAAGCGUCGGCCGUUUUUGAUCAUUUCAGUCAGAUGCAUCCAACACUUACACGUUUGAGGUUUCUGCAGGACGGCUUCUCCUUCGGGAGUCACUCCACCACAACAUGCAAUAUCCCCAUUUCUGUCGGCCAGGGGUUUUUGGUGGAGGAGCGCAUGUUUAGCCUCAGGUGCACCCGUUCCACUCCCGCAGUGCAGACGUCUUUGGAACGGGCUGCGUUUCUCUCGUUGUAGUACUAAGGACAGGACAGGAAGGAGUUCAGCGUUAGUGGGACAAACCAAAAUACGUCAAGUUUAGUUCUACAGACUGUUUGGUUGAGUUUUCACGUUGGAAAACUCAAAUAACUCCAGAGUUUAAAAAAGUCUUAGAUCCACCUUUAAGAAAAUAAAGGAACUUUUUGAUCCAAACAAAGGUGCAGUCUCUGGAACGGAAAGGUACAAUAAGCCUCCUGUUACCUUUCUGUGACGGUGUUUAUGCUCGCCACCACCCGAGGACUGUUAAAACUAGCAACUGUCUGUUGUUCCUCUGCUACCGAAAUAGUACUUUCCGUUACUACAAAUACUACUGCUCGCCCUCGAGCAGUUUCUGCAAAGUUUUAUUUGCAGCCAGGUUUGAAUGGGUUUGUGAUUCUCAGCAAAGAGUUGUGUUGUUUCUUACCACUGCUCAUCUGAUCACAGUACCCAGCACAGCUUCGAGGAGAAACAGCUUCAUAUAUAUAUAUGAAAAUAAAAGAACUUUUAAAAUAAACUAACUUGAAAAAAAGAUUUAAAAAAAAAAAAAGAAGUGUAUAUGCCGUUUCCCCACUUACCCUUUUUGACAUACGUACAGAUCCAGCAUGCAUAUUUGGUACUCUUGACUGUUGUUUUUUGUGUAUAAAAGAAAAUGGAAAAUAAGAUGUCUUUGAAAAAAA